AGUUACGUUUUUUCUUCUAAACACCAACAACACCACUCCUUCUUCUUCUUGAGAGCGAUUUUGUGGAAAACUUCAACAUCCUAUCUCAAACCAUUCUUAAUCAAGAUAAAUAUGGAAGAAAAUGUUGGGAGAGGUAGACAUGGCAAGCCAAGCAAUGCAAAUGCUUCCGCUCGUAGAGAGCUUGCUGCAAAUCGCCCUGCCAAACGAGGUCGUAGUAAGCAGCAAGGACCAAUUCCGGCGCGAGGGACACAUGAUGUUGAGGCGGGUGGUUCGCGUACGCGUACACGGUCACGUUUAGGCCAAGCACAAAAUGCUGCUGAGGAUGAUGAUUUUGACGCGGAUCAAUUUCUAAAUCAGGAUGCCGAGUAUGGCGAACCUGAAGAACCGCAACCUGAUGAACCGCAAAUUGAAGAACCGCAACAACCACCACGACGGAGACCGCAACAGCGACCACGGCAACCACGACGAGAUGCAGCAAAUGAGGGUUAUGGAGGAGGACCAAGUGAUAUGUCAUUAUUAACACAAUACGGAAAUCAUAGGGCGGUUCCGAUAUGGGAUGCAGAACCAGAUGAUCACGAGGUUUGGACCUCAAAUGUGUAG